ACAUUUGUUAUCAACUAGACGCCUUUCUGACAAAAGACUGUUGCUAGGCAACGCAAUACAACUGGACCAGAAGCAUGGCGGCCAACAAGCAAAGUGCAGAGGUCACAGUGUCAGAAGUCCACAAGAAGAUCCGAGCAGCUUUUGAAGCGUUUGACUAUGAGUCUAAUAACACAGUGGAUGUCCGUGAGAUCGGGACCAUCAUCUAUUCCCUGGGUUGCUUCCCCAGUCAGGCAGACCUACAUGACUUUAUAGCAGAGGUGGAGGAGGACCACACAGGAUACAUCCAUUUGGACAAGUUCCUUCCAGCCAUGACCAAAGUGCUGUUGGACCACAAGUUCACUCCCAUCCCUGAGGACAUUCUGCUUCAGGCCUUUGAGGUACUGGACAAAGAAAAGAAGGGAUACCUGGAGCUAGAGGAGCUGGCAAAGUACAUGACAUUGGAAGGUGAGCCCUUCACUCAGGAGGAGAUGGACGAGAUGCUGACAGCACUCGCUGACAAUGAAAAGAACCAAAUUCAUUACAGAGACUUAAUCAGCCAGCUGACCAUAGACACCGGCAUGUAGGCAGUGUUACCAUGUUUGUUUCUGUUCAUAAAUGAUCAAAUCCACAGGUCUGUGUAUGUUCAGGGUUUGUGUUCACAUCUGUAGUGUACGUAUUUCUGAUACUGUUUGAUAAAUAAAUGUACAUAACUCAA